AUGCCGACUUUCUACCGAUUUAUUAAUCAGUCUGAAAGAAAACGUUUAUGGUCAAUUGUAUUGUUUGAAAUUGCACUCGUCACACUUACUUGGUAUUAUAUUGAAAAAAUACAAUUAAACAACGAAUGUUAUAAAACAUUGAAACAAGAUUAUCAUUUUAUUUCUUUGUACAUUGAUGUACCACAUCAUUGUACAUGGUGGAGCCUUCUUUGGUUUUGGAUAAAUCGUUAUACAAUUUACGCAGCUUACAUUGUUUUUAUAUAUAUUUUGCUUGAUUAUUACAUAUCAUCAUGUUAUAUGUUUGGACAUACAUAUAUUUGGACAGGUCUGGUAUACAAUAUUGUUCAAGCUAAACAAGAAGAUUCUUUUUUUUAUCGUGAUGCACCAAUUCUCUUCCACACAUUAAUAAUCGUCCUAUAUCUUGAAAAUCAACCUUUUCUAGAUGCAGACAUGCAGAAGCGAUGGAUCGAGAUCAAGAUGGAGAAUGAAGAACGAUCAUUUGCACAAGAAGAAGCGGAAUCUCAAUGCUGGGCCGAGGCUAUUCAUAAAAUUAGACAAUAUGAUGAUGCUGACGAAAUUAAACAGAUCAUUCGACAAGCAGAUGAUAAAGAAGAAAAGAUUCGAGCGAGAUAUCCAUUAUUGGCUUAUCCAGUAUUGCCUCCACUGGAACAGAAGAAUAAUAUCUUGUUAAGUAUUUUUACUCGUAUAACAACAUUUUUAUUAUGUAUAUUGGCUGUUUGGAAUUAUGUGUUACUAUUUCGUCGAGCAUUUGUUAUUACAUUUAGUCAACGAAAUACUACACAUACGCUGUAA